GGAAAUUUAAAAUUUUUGUCACAUCUCAGAGCUAUUUAUAAUCAUAUGUAACAGUUUUUACGUUGAAAUAGUUAAUUUAAUAUAAUUUAAAAAGUGAUGGAGCCCCAAAAGAAACGUGAUGAAGAAUAUCCCUUGCUAAAAGUGGAUGCUGGAGGAGGGGAUGGUAAAAUCCGAAAUGCCGUUCCAGCUACCAUCAUGGCGCCUGGGUGGAAUAUUACAUGCACACCUAAGCAGUCCUGGUGUACUCGUUGGCCAGAAUUUGUUUCAGCUUUCUGGAUGACUUUAAUUUUACUAGCGAUUUCUUUUUUAGUAUUUUAUGCUUUAGGAAUGAGUGCUUAUAGACGACAGCCAAUUGUUAUUGUUAGAUGCAAUGACACGAAUACCAAGCCAGGAAGCGACGUAUUCUACCAUCAUAUUACAGCCAGAGAUGCUUAUGUACCAUUCAUGUUUUAUUCUGAAUAUCUAUCUUUCAUGGCAUCGCGGUAUCCAUCUUUGCGCUUUCACGUAUAUUUUCUGAUUGACGAUUCUUGGCAGCUAUUUCGAGAAUCAAGAUAUCCCAAUCCUAGACUUUUAAAAAGAAUCGUACCACGCGUCACUGAUCCAUUUAAUACGAUUCAUAACCAAAACAAACGAGAAAUAGAGGAUUUUCAAAAGAAGUAUCAAAAUGUAAAUAUCAGUGUGAUGAACUUGAGCAAGUAUAUGGCAAUGACACCAUUAAAAUAUAAAUGGAAAUUGAUCCCUCAAAACUACUUGUCUUUUUAUGCCAGGGUAUAUGAAAUUUGGCAGAAUGGUGGCAUUGGAUUCGAUCUGACAACGUUCAAUAAUCUUUACACUAACAACAAACAAUUAGAUCAAAGGAUUGACACAAUUUUAAAACAACACAAUGAUGGUUUUGAAUUAGAGAAAUAUGAAAAUGUCUUGGAGUCUAUAGACAACGAUGAACAGAAAGAAUUAUAUUCUAUGUUUUUUAAUUUAAUCGAUCACAUUUUAAACGAGACUCGUUUAUUUUUUGAUACUGAUUUGACAACUAACGUUACUAUCUUAGGAAGCAGUCCUUUAAUAAGAACUCAUAGAAACAAACGUGAUAUUGGUAAUCCUGGUAGUGCAUUUAAUGUUACAAAAAGUAAUAUUACCUCAAGUAAUAAUGACAUUCAUACGGUUGGCGAUGUAGUUCGAAAUUAUUCUAUGAUACCAAAUAAUGUAAGCAUUGAGGUGAAAGUUAAUAACGGAAGUGUAUUAAAUACUACGAACACUACUGUCGAAUCUCCAAAUCAUAAUAAUUUAAAAAUGACAAACAGCUCAGGAUAUCGAAGCGAGAUUCCUCAAGUUUUAUUAUUUUACGAUAUUUCUGGAUUUUCUGACGAAUCUGGCCCUACUUAUUUCUUACCAAAACCAAUUAAAUCUGGUGAAGCUGUUAAAACCGUUACAGCAUCAAAUCAGAAGAGAUAUUAUCUAUCAUUAAGUCAGGAUGGUUACUUUGUAGCAGCUUCAUCACGACAUCACCCAUUCCUAGCUCAAUUAUUUUCUUCUAGUUGUCACAGACUUAAUCCAAGAUACGCUAUUAAAGACACGCUUUUAAGUCAAUGCUCUGGAUUUUUAAGAGACGACAUCUAUUGCGAAAACAUUCGUGUUAUUUAUAAUAUUAUUUAA